AUGGAUGAAGACCGUCUCAAACGAAUUAAGAACCGUGCGGUGGUUAAACGUACUGCCAUAGUCAAUCGCAUUAAAUCCAUUCUUGAUUUAGGAUUGUCCGGUGAAUCAGAUCUGAACGCCCGACAAAAAUUCCUAAUUUCGAUCAAUGACCUAUCAGAUUUGUGGGGAAAGUUCGUGGUUGAGAAUGAUGCAGUAUUGGAUGCGAUGAUUGAGUUAGGUGAAGAAGCGGAAUUCUUAUACUCGGUCGAGAUAGAUACAAAUGAAAUGGUGGUUUCAGCCAAAGCUUUGGCAAUUAACUUCUCGUCCUCAUCGAAUUUACCUGAGAGGGUAGUUGAAGAGCCAAGAUGUGGUUCUGAUUCGGAUGCGACAGCCGGUUCAACUAUACCGCCUGGUUCAGUUAAAUCACCAACAGUGACGGUGUCGGCAGUUCAGCCCUCACAUUCUAUGCGGUUACCAGAAAUCCCUCUCCCACGGUUCUCAGGGGAUCUGGCAGAUUGGCCAGUCUUUCGCGAUAGGUUCGUCGCUCUAGUGGACAGUCGUUCCAAUAUUUCCAACAUUGAAAAAUUCUAUUACCUUCUGAGUUGUCUUGAGCUUGAGGCAUCUGAGGUCGUAAAAGGGAUAACGGUUUCGAAUGACACCUAUUCCUUGGCCUGGAAGGCGUUGGUGGAACGGUUUGAUAAACCGCGCAAGUUGGCGUCGUUUAUUUUAGAUGUGAUUUUAUCAGCUCCGAUAAUUCAACAGGAAUCGACUUCCUCGUUGAAUAAGUUUUUGAAUAUUUUUGAUGAAAAUGUUGGUAUUCUCGAAUCUCUCGAAAUUCCAGAUUUUGGCGACUUUCUGUUGUUUUCGAUUGCCUUUCGGUCUUUGCCUGUGUCGUCGCGUCGUCUGUUUGAAACGACAAAUUCGGAAGAGUAUCCGAAGGCACAGGAACUUUUCAAAUUUGUGAAGAACCGAAUCCAAGUUUUGGAGUUGGCAGGAGGAACUCCAUCUUCCUCUGGUAGCAAAGAGGGACAUUUAAAACCGUCGAGCUACAAGAAAGAUCGGAAGAUAUCUACAUCGUUAGUGGCAACACAGUCAACCAGUACUCCGGUUACAAUGUCCGUUAAGUGUCCAAAUUGCGAUGGAUCACAUCAGUUAAGCAAUUGUUCUGAUUUUAAGGGGUUGUCGAUAGAUGAUCGAUAUGCGGUAGUAUCAAGUCACCGACUUUGCAUGUCAUGUUUCAGUAAUCGACACUGGUCGAAUAAAUGCAGGGAAAGCUGCCCAAAAUGCAAACGUCGUCACCACUUGCUUCUUCAUAGAGAUGCUGAGACAAGCCAGGGAUCUGCAGUUCAGCAGCCACCCGUCGUAAUGCUUGGUUCUCAACCUUCCCUAUCUGUUUUACUCGGUACUGCAAUAGUUAUGGUGCGAGAUGUUGGCGGGGAUCUUCAACCUGUCAGGGCUCUUCUCGAUUCCGGGUCACAAACCAGCAUCAUCAAAGAAAGUUGUUUAGAUCGGCUAGGUCUUAGGCGGUCAAGAUGGACGGCCUCACUGACGGGUCUCUCUGGUCAGUCUGUUCCUAAGGUUUUAGGAAAGGUAAAAUUAGAAGUGCGACCUUGUUAUGAGCCAGUUCCGGUCAUAACGGUUACGGCAUGGGUUUUACCUACCAUAACGGCAGAUCUGCCAAGUCAACAGUUGAACGUCGGUAUAAGAGAAAGUUGUUCUCACUUGAAGCUUGCAGACCCCUCCUUUGAUACCCCAGCUCCGGUGGAAUUAUUGUUAGGGGCUGAUGUGUUCCCCCAGGUGUGGUUUGGUGAGCAGUACUCCCUCGGCCAUGGGCUCCCAACAGCGUAUAGUUCUGCUUUUGGAUGGGUGCUAAUCGGUCCAGUUUCGCAAGUCGUUAGCUCUAAUGCACAUUGCCUAUUAGCGACGUUCAACCCGUCCAUAGAAUCACUGAUGGAGAGAUUCUGGGAGGUGGAAGAACCAGAUGAGGCUCCUCCACAGUUCACGGAUCAAGGAUGCUGCGAAGCCAAGUUCAAGGCGGAAACCAUCAUUGAUGAGACCGGCCGAUACAGUGUUCCACUACCGUUCAGGCAAGAUUUGCCCCUUCCAACAUUCGAUGGUAUAAAACAGAUAGCGGUUAAACGUUUUGAACACCUUGAACGGAAACUAGUCCAAGAUGAGAAACUAGGAAUGGCCUAUCGGGAAUUUAUGGCCGAAUACGAAGCGUUAGGUCACAUGUCCGUGGCAAAGAAUCCGGGUCAAUAUAUUAUCCCGCAUCAUGCGGUGUGGAAACAGGGACUUAGAGAAUCCAAAUUACGGGUGGUUUUCGAUGCGUCGGCCCGAAGUGCAUCAGGAAAGUCGUUGAAUGAUACUUUGUAUGCAGGCCCAAAACUUCAACGGGAUAUAGUCGAUGUAUUGCUCGGUUUUCGAUUAUAUCGCUUCGCCUUUUCGACAGAUAUCAGUAAAAUGUACAGGCAGAUUAUGGUGAAUACGAAUUAUCGUGGAUAUCAACAUAUCCUGUGGAGGGCUACGCCAGUAGAUGCGCUGAAGGAAUACGAGCUUAAUACGGUAACGUAUGGCGUUAACAGUGCUCCCUUCUUGGCCUUAAGGGUAUUACACGAUAUUGCUGACCGUUGUGGUACACAGUCUCCUUCAGUUCAGAAGGCUCUGCGGCUUCAAACAUACAUGGACGAUAUCUGCACUGGUGCCGAUACGUUGGAAGAAACUAAUGUAUUAAAACACGAUCUCGUCAAAACGUUGGAAAACCAUGGGCUUGAGUUAAAGAAAUGGUCCAGCAAUACUCCGGCGCUGCUGGAAGGGAUUCCUAAGGAAGAUCGCGCAUCUGAUUCUCUAUCGUUCGAUGACGAAAAGUCCAUUGUCCAAGUUCUGGGAUUGAAUUGGAGACCGGAAGAGGAUUCCUUAGGGUACGAUUUUAGCGAGAUUAAAUUUAUCUACACUAAACGAGGAGUACUUUCGGUAAUCGCUCGGAUCUUCGAUCCUUUGGGUCUCUUGGCUCCCGUAGUGUUAUUCGCCAAGCAUUUGAUGCAGUUGAUUUGGUCAUCCGGAAUCGGUUGGGAUGAUAGACUGCCACCCGAAAUUGAAGAAGUGUGGUCCCAGUUCGUGGCGGAGUUACCGUCCCUGUCUUCAGUGCGCGUUCCGCGUUUUGUCGGGACUCAGCGAGGGUCCACAUAUAUGUUAUGUGGUUUUUGUGAUGCUUCGGUUCAUGGUUAUGCUGCUCUUGUUUAUUUACGUAUUGUCCUUCCCACUAAUCAAAUAGUAGUUCGACUAUUAGGUGGCAAGACAAAAUUGGCUCCACGUCAUUCCAUGACAGUUCCGAGACUAGAGUUGUGUGGCGCAGGACUUUUAGCACGUUGGUUGUCAAGGAUCCAGGAGACGUUAUCAGCUCAGUUAACGAUUUCCCACGUCUAUGCAUGGACAGACUCGUCUAUUGUCCUUUCUUGGCUUACGACUCCUCACGUAUCGUACAAGAUCUUCGUAUCCAAUCGAAUUAGUAAAAUUCAGCAAUUAUUGCCAGCCUGUAAGUGGCUACAUGUCUCGUCUGAAGAAAACCCGGCGGACUGUGCGUCUCGCGGCCUGAAACCCUCCGAAUUAAAUCGUCAUGAGCUAUAUUGGAAUGGCCCUAACUUAUUGUCAUGCUCACCAGACAAUUGGCCAUCUGAAAUCCCGCGACUCUCAGUGGAAGAGAUCCCUGAGGUUAAGUCAGUUUCGCUUUUGAUCAGUUCCGAUCAAAACCACGAAUGGUUUGACAGAUUUUCUUCGUAUCAACACAUGCUCCGAGUCGUAGUCUGGGUAAGACGUUUCGUGUCGUUGUGCAAAAAGAAACCUGUAGGUCUUGGGAGUUUGACGUUAGAUGAAUUGAAUGAAGCACAAACGGUAAUCGUCAAGCAUUCUCAACUCGUUCAUUUCCAUGUGUUGUAUCGUGAACUUUUUCGAAACUCUCGGAUUUCCUCCAAACAGUUAGCUCGACUGUCACCGUACAUUGAUUCAGCUGGAAUUAUUCGUGUGGGAGGACGGCUGCGCAACUCCCCAAUAUCGAUUCGUCAGAAACAUCCGAUUUUAUUAGCAAAAACCUCGCACCUCUCUAGAUUAUUGGUACGUCAUUGGCAUAUUUUUUCUUGUCAUUCUGGGGCACGCUUAGUGACUUCUCUCGUUUCAAAACAGUUUUGGAUCCUGUCAAUUCGUAGAGUGAUUGGCAAUGAAUUGAAAGGGUGCGUUACCUGUGUCCGGUUUGCAGCUGUUAAUCCUCAACCAGUAAUGGCGGACUUACCACCCUCUCGUGUCACACCAUGUCGACCGUUCUCAAAAGUAGGGAUAGAUUUUGCUGGCCCUUUGACUAUGCGUGAACUUAAACUACGAAAGGCACGAGAAUAUAAGGUUUAUAUUUCGGUCUUUGUUUGUAUGACGGUGAAAGCUGUUCACCUAGAAGUCGUCACUGAUCUUUCAACAUCGGCCUUUUUAGCAGCUCUAGAUAGAUUCAUUGCCCGACGUGGCCUACCGUCCGAUAUCUAUUCCGAUUGUGGGACGAAUUUCGUAGGCGCGUCAAAGCAACUUCGUCAGUUUUUCUCUGAGGCGAACACUCGGGAUCAGCUAAGUUCACACCUCCCAUGCAGUUGGCAUUUUAACCCCCCUAGUGCUCCACAUUUCGGGGGCAUAUGGGAAGCUGCGGUGAAAUCUAUGAAAAGGCUGUUAGUCCGAGUAGUAGGGGUUCAUACUUUGUCGUAUGAGGAACUCAACACUGUCAUUUGUCGCAUCGAAUCAGUUCUGAAUUCAAGACCACUGACACCGUUGUCAUCCGACCCAGGAGAUUUGGAAAGUUUAACUCCAGGACAUUUCCUAAUAGGUCAGCCUCUCUUGUGCGUUCCUGAGCCAAACGUCUUAGACACAUCUGAUCGUUUAACUUCAAGGUGGAAGCUCCUCCACCAAUGUCAUCAGGCGUUCUGGAAAAGGUGGUCCUCGGAAUAUCUUAAUACUUUACAGCUUCGGUUAAAAUGGACCUCCGCCGAUACUCAGCUCAGAGUCGGUGAUUUGGUAUUAAUAAAGGAUAACCUUACAUCACCAUUAGGCUGGCGUUUGGGUAGGGUUAUGGAACUAUUGCCAGGCCAAAACGAAGUUGUCCGCGUGGUCAAGUUGAUGACCGGACAGGGUACGUUGGUUAGACCUGUAGUGAAGCUGGUCCGCUUACCUACAGAAUAA